AUGCCUGACGAAAAGGAAAAGUCUUUCUCAAUAUCUCGGUAUCUGCGUCCUGAACGUUUUGACGUGGAACCCGCAAUGGCCGGCUCAGACUUGAAAUGGAUUCAUUGGAAGUACUCAUUUGAAAAUUUUAUCGCACAGGAAGCCGCUUCGGCUGACGAUGCCCUUAAGUACAAACUCCUUGUAAACCAUAUCUCGCCAUCAAUAUUUAACUUCAUUCAAGCUUGCACCACGUACGUCGAUGCCAUGACCACUCUCAGUACCACCUAUGAAAAACAAAAAAAUAUUAUCUUGGCUCGGCAUCGCCUCGCUACUAGAAAGCAACAGCCUGGCGAAACGUUAGCAGAGUAUUCGAGAUCUCUUGCCAUACUUGCUCGUGAAUGUCACUUCAAAGCUGUUACUGCUAAUGAACACCAAAACGAAACCGUACGUAGUACGUUCAUUGCCGGAAUAUUGUCUCAGAAAAUAAGAGAAAGGUUGCUAGAAAAAUCUACUAUGUCUCUGGAAGAAACAUUGAAUCUGGCUACAUCUUUAGAAACUGCUGAAAAUACUUCACGACUACUAACAGUAUCAUCUCCAUCAACGUCUGCUGUUCCUGUUAACACGAUCUCUGAAACUCAAGCAUCGCAACCACAGCUCAACUUGGCAGCAUCAAAACCUCAAAAUUUUCAUCACAGUCGCCCUACGCAAAGUGACCGCCGAUGCUUUUUCUGCGGUGGCAAUGUUCAUAAAAGAAUCAAGUGCCCCGCUAAUAAUGCCCAAUGUCAACUUUGCUCCAAAAAAGGACAUUUUGCAACUGUUUGCCGUAGUUCAAGACCAGGUCAACGUACCGUAAAUGUUAUUACCAUGGACGAUGACGACGUUACUCAACCUCAAGUUACUGAUUCUCAUUUGUCAAUGAUAUCCGCUGCUGCGCCAUCAAGCCUACGUAAAGCUACCAUUCCAAUUACCUUGAACAACUAUCAAGCAGAUGCGCUACUUGACACCGGAAGUUCAAUCAGCUUUAUCGAUAAGAAUACUGCUCUAACCAUGAACCUUAAACGAAAGCCCUGUCGACAAGCGAUAACUUUAGCAUCUCUUAACAAUAUAUCAUAUGUUGAGGGACUAUGCUACGCUACAAUUCAGAUUGCAGAUGGGCGAGAAACUACAGUCUCUAAUAGAUCCUUAGCGCCACUGCCACAGGUCGUUGACGACGACUCGUCGGACGAUGAAGAGCAAUUAGAAAUGGAGGAGGUCCCUUCCAACGAAGCUCCACCUGCUAGCCCAGAAGUGGAGAGUACACAAGUUCGUCGCUCUGUUCGAGAACGCAAACCUCCGGCCCACUUUCAAGAUUACGUCUCUUCA